UCUCUGUUUUCUUCUUCAGGUGUACGUGACAGAUUGGAGCGGAGUAUACAUUAGUUAACUAUGGAGGAUUAUUUGCAGUACGUGAAGGCAUUACGCGCUCAGAUGAACGAUGCGGAGGAUCAAACUGAGAAGUUAUAUAUCGAAGAGCAAAUUCAGAUUACUACUGUUCAAGCACUGGAGAAAGACCUCGAUCUAGUAAAAUUGAGAACAAGGCAACUUAAAGAGGACCAUGAUCAAAUGAAUAAGGCAAAGGGACAUAUUUGUUCUCAGAUAUUGGAAAAGAACAAAAAAAUUGCAUCCAUGGAAGCUGAUUCAAUUACUCUUUCCCAGACAUUGGAUCUUAUCCAACAAGAGAAAGCUGGCUUGUCUGCUAAACUUGUGGAGAAAAGAACAUACUAUUCUGACGUUGCAGAGGGUAUGAGUGCCAAAUUACAAGGACAACAGGAGUGGAUGAAGACUCACAAGAGGAGCUCAACAACUGGACCAAACAUUUUGACUACAGACGUGUUCAUUAAGCAAGCAAAUUAUGUUCCAGGAACCCAGAGUGAUGAAGAUAUCAUUCUCGGAGAAGCGCAUGUAAAGGAACUGAUGACAAAGUCGGAAUCAGAAAAAGCGCAGCUUGAUAUGGUUACACAAUCAAAAUCCAAACUUGUUUUGGUGAAUAGCAAGGUGAAGAAGUCAGUUGAGCUUCUGAAAUGCAAGAUUAAUGAUUUCAAGCUGGAACUGCAGUCUAUGGAUAUAAAGACCCUGGAAGAGGAAUAUCAAGCUCUCAUAUCUGACAGAGAUGGAGAGAUUGAAUUUUUCCAGUCUCUGAAUCAGCAAAUUAAAAAACUAAAGGGAAUCUCAAAUGUAACAUUGUGCGCUUGUGGGGAGACUACAAAGUAGAAUGUGCAUAAAUACAUGGACUCUAGAUCAGGCUGCUUUUGGAGGUUAGACUAUGCGUCUUUGUUCAUAACAAAUAGUUAAUUGUAUUUGUUUUUCGUGUCCAUACUUAAAAAAACCAUUAUAUGUUGUGAUGUUUUGAUAUUAGGAUUCUAUAACUUGGUCUAAUGUAGUUCAAAGUGGAACUGGAGUUUCAUUAUUGUGCACAUAUACAUACAAGUAUUAGGAA